AAGAAACGAAUAGAAAGAUGACACGUGUAAAAGAGGGUUCACUUCAAGGGAUAAUCUUCUUUUUAUUUACUUCUCCAUCCUAAGCCUAAACGAGCAGAGCAGAGAGAAGAAACCCUCUCCCCUUUUUCUCUCUCUCCUCACUCUUUCAAAAAGGAACUCUUCAGCUGGGGUUUUACUUUUCCAUGGGAUUCUGAGUUCUUCCAUCCACAUCCAGAAUCGAGAUUCCUCUCUCGGAGAUAUCUUUCCUCAGAACUAGUCAAUUAAGUUACCAGUAGAAGUGAAGAGAGAAAACUACUUGAAGAUUGAGGUAGAGACCUUAUGGCAUUAAGUUGACUUUCGUUAACAAACUUCCUGUGGAAGACAAAGAGAGGUUUAAGAGGGGAGUUUGAAGAGGAUGGAACUUGGACUUGCUGAAUUCUCCUUUUUUUUUUUUCUUAUCCUACUUGCUGGUCUUACCCCCAUCCUAUAUUCACCAACUCAAGUGCUUAAAAGUUCAUUGGCUGAAAGUGAGUGUGGUAUUACAGUAGAGGAUUGAACAAUUUAAACUGGCAAAUGUUUGUCCAAUGAUUUGUCGUUUUGGCCAUGUACUUGAUUUCUAAACCCUAAAUCAAAUUUCAUUUUGAACUUAUUGAUCUAACUAUUUUAUUUUCAAGUCUAGCUAUCAAUUUUGAUAGUGAGGCAUUGACGUGAUUAAUUUUUCAUUGUCAGCAUAGAGUUACUGUAUCAAUGUUUAGUUUCUAGUCAAACUUUAAUUUUGGAAUAGUAGUGAGUUUAGAGGACCAGAGUGAUGUAUAUACAAAAGUUUAUGGAUGAAAAUGAGUAACUAGCAUUUGGAGGCAAUAACAAAUUUCAGCAUUUUAGAUGGCAUAUCUGGGUAUAUGGCAUCCCACUACUUUCAACUGUAAUUAUUGUGUGUGGAUGUUCUGUAUGUGGGCGUUUAUUUAGGUGCUUACGUGUUUAGGGACGAAUGUAGUUGUCUGGCAAUCCACUGUGACUUUCUCAUAGAUCUAUGAGAAAAAAAUUAACUGUAGAGGUAUCCCCCACCCCACCCCAUCCAGUAAGCUUACUUCUGGCUACCUGAAAAAAUAUCUCAAUCUUUCUUAUGUGUAAUUGUCACACGUUCAGGAGUGGGACGUAGGUCCAGAUUCCUGAGUCUAGAAUGUUUGCAGGGUAGGAACCACAUGAGAUAUUUCAUAUUCCAAGAUAUUGGCCUAUGUGAUAUUUUGAGCCAAACCUUAAGCUUUAUGUCCCUCUCUUGGUGUUAGGUCAUUCUUGUGUUAAAUUAGAUUUCUUUUCUUUUUGAGUAUUUUUUAAGUGAUUUUAAUGCAGUAGACUCUAAAAGAUGGAUCCCCAUGAUGAGGCUGGAUGCCAAGCUCCCCCGGAAGGGCCCUUCCUCUGUAUCAACAACUGUGGCUUCUUUGGUAGUGCAGCCACUAUGAACAUGUGCUCCAAGUGUCAUAAAGAUAUGAUGCUGAAACAAGAUCAGGCUAAACUUGCUGCUUCAUCUAUUGAAAAUUUUGUCAAUGGAUCGUCUAGUGGCAGUAUGGAAGUACCUGAAAGUGUUACUGAUGGUGCCGUUUCUGUGGAACCGAAGACUGUUCAAGCACAUGCACUGCCUGCAAUGGGAUCUGUGGAAGGUGAGAAACCAAGUGAGGGUCCAAAACGUUGCAACUCUUGCAAAAAGCGUGUUGGUUUAACAGGCUUCAAUUGUCGGUGUGGUAAUGUAUUUUGUGCAGUUCAUCGUUACUCUGACAAACAUGACUGCCCCUUUGAUUAUCACAUGGCUGCGCAAAACGCCAUAUCCAAAGCCAAUCCUGUUGUCAAGGCUCAGAAGCUGGAUAAGAUCUAGAUUUCUCUUGGCAUGUAUGUGUCCUAAAUUGAUGUUCAUAUCCAGCUGUGAGAUGGGCUUAUGAUAUGCUGCAAAUCUAUGUAUUUUUGCUUUAUGUUCAUAUAUAUGUUGAAGAGAUUGCAGUUACAAUAUAUAUGAAUUCUGAAAGUUCUAUUUGCUUUGUGA